AAGCAGAAUUCCCAAAAUAGGUAACUACGGUCUACGUAUCCAGAGACCCACGCGUCAGCGAUCUAUUAGGAGGACGGCCCAUUGCAUCUGAUUGGUCCACGUGCCCAGAAAAAGAGAAAACCAUAGCGGUUUUCUGCUCUCAAAACCACUGGUUUCUCUCCCCCCGCAUAUACUUUCCUUAUAUGGUAGCUUCCAAUCAGUACGGGCCAAAGCCAACGAUUUUGAAACCUCGGUUUGUCUUCACUAGUUCAAACCUUCACCAAGUAAGAAAACAAGAAAAAGCUAGGGUUUAGGAGUUGAUGGGGAGGGGGAAGAUUGUAAUAAGGAGGAUCGACAAUUCGACGAGCAGGCAAGUGACCUUCUCGAAGCGGAGGAGCGGUUUGCUGAAGAAGGCGAAGGAGCUGGCGAUCCUGUGCGACGCCGAGGUCGGAGUCAUGAUCUUCUCCAGCACCAGCAAGCUCUACGAUUUCGCCAGCACCAGUAUGAAAUCAGUAAUUGAACGUUACAACAAAUCAAAAGAGGAGCAUCACCAACUUGGGCACCCGGCCUCAGAAGUCAAGUAUUGGCAAAGGGAGGCAGCAAUGUUAAGGCAUCAAUUGCAAAACUUGCAAGAAAACCAUCGGCAAAUGAUGGGUGAAGAGCUCUCUGGCUUGAGUGUCAAAGAUUUGCAGAAUUUGGAGCACCAAUUGGAAAUGAGUCUACGGGGUGUUCGAAUGAAAAAGGACCAAAUUUUAAUGGAUGAAAUAGAAGAAUUAAACCGAAAGGGGCAGGAAAUUCACCAAGAAAACGUGGAACUGUAUAAGAAGGUAAACCUAAUUCGUCAAGAAAACAUGGAAUUAUAUAAGAAGGUUUAUGGAACAAGGGAUGUGAAUGGAGCAAACCGAACUUCCCUUCUCUUAGAUGGUCUUGGCAUUGGAGAGGACUCGCAUGCACCUAUCCACCUCCAACUUUGCCAACCACAGCAACAAAACUACGAGACACCAACAAGAGCUACAAAAUUGGGCAGACUACAAUUGCAAUAGCACAGAAGAUGCAACUGGCGAUGGAUGCCGCUUGGUCUAUAUAAAUAAAAUGGCCUAUGGUUAUAGAUUUAUGCUUCUAUCAGUGGCAUAAUUCAGAAUCAGUGACAUGAUAUAAGAGCCACAAACAAUUCAGUAAAAAGGCACUAGUUUGAAACGAUCAAAACCCAAAUUUAGCAUGUGUGUGACUAAGCAAUGAAACUAGCUACCUCUGUAAUGAUAAGAUUAACUGUAAUAAGACUCUAAUUGAAAAUGCACUACACGUACGACGCAUUUUUGAGCA